AUGUCUGAUGAAUGCAAAAUAAUCGCAACGGAAACUAUAUAUCAAAAAUAUGGUCAAAUUGACGAGGUUGAAUAUGAAUAUGAUGAAAAUGAUCAUGGAGAAAGUAAAAAAUAUCAUAUUAAGUGGUCUCGACAAGAAUAUGAACGGACGGCAUCGAGAUUCUAUAAACCAUCAAUGUCCUAUGAUAAGUUCAUAAGAAUAUUACGUACAUUUAUGAUGGGAAAAUAUGCAAUUGAAGAUAUUCCGGAAACCUUUCGUCUUCUUGAUACUGAUCAUUCUAACAAAAUCGACAUCACUAAAUUACAUGAAUUUAUAUGUAUCAUCUUGCCAAAAGCAAAUCCAUAUUUACUUCUUCAUCAAAUACAAAAGGCUGAUAGAGAUGGUGAUUAUAAGCUGAAUUUUGAUGAAUUCAAAUCCUUUAUCGAACAAGGCUUCGGUCGAGAUGUAUCGCUUGGACGUUUAUAA